AUGAUGCAGACGUGCAGUUUCGACGUUCCAAACGAUCUCUGUGGCUGGAGCUGGAUCCCAACAGCCUCUGGGGCCAAGUGGGUCCAGAAGAAGGGGCCUUCCGGGGUGCCCAACGUGGGGCCCGAGGAUGAUUUCUCUAGCCCUGGUAGCUCAGGACCCCUGCAGUCCCAGAGUCCUGUCCCUGUGCCCGACUCCCUCAAUUUCAGCCAUCUCACCUUACCGGCCUUUUCCUAUGUAGGUGGCUUCUACAUGCUCCUGGACCCCAAGAAUGCAAAACCGAAGCAGAAAUCUGUCCUCCUGAGCCCGCGGAGCCAUUUCUCUGGCUGUCUGAGCCUGUCCUUCCACUAUAUCCUCCGUGGACGGUCACCUGGUGCAGCCCUCACUGUCUCUGCUUCCGUCUUGGGCAGCAUCCGGAAACACACUCUCUUCUCAGGACAACCUGGACCCAACUGGCAGCCUGUUUCUGUCAAUUACACAGCCCAGGGACAAAUUCAGUUCACCGUGGUGGGUGUGUUUGGAGAGACCCCAGAGCCAGCUGUGGCAGUGGAUGCGAUCAGCACUGCUCCCUGUGGGGAGAGCUUUCCUCAGUGUGACUUCGAAGAUGAUGCCCAUCCCUUCUGUGACUGGGCCCAGGCAUCAGGGGAUGGCGGACACUGGACCCAUGCAAAUAAAACUAUGCACAUCCAGGGUACAGGUGCUUCUGGAGAAGGUCGCUAUAUUUACAUCGAGGCUGACAAGUUCUCUGAGGCGGGCCAGUCUUCCAGACUGGUGAGCCGGCCCUUCUGUGCCCCGGGUGCCAUCUGUGUGGAGUUUGCCUACCACAUGUAUGGCCUCGGAGAGGGCACUAAGCUCAAUCUCCUGCUGGAGAGCCCUGCGGGCAGUUCCCCAUCUACUAUCUGGCAACGUGUUGGGUCUCAGAGUCCUGACUGGCUGAACACCUCUGUCACCAUCCCUUUGGGGCAUCAACAGCCCAUGCAGCUGAUCUUGGAGGCUAUCAGGGGUACCAACACUGCCUUUGUUGUUGCUGUGGAUUUUAUCUUGAUCAAUCAUGAGACUUGUCGAGGGACUACUGUUACCACAGAAAGACCUACAGUCCCCACGGAAAAACCCACCAUCGCUACCGAAGAGACCACUAUUCCCACAGAAAAACCCACCAUGCCCACAGAAAAGCCUGUUGUCCACACUGAAAAACCCAUGACCACUGUCCCCACAGAAAAGCCCACUGCCCCCACUAAAAAGACCACCAUCCCCACAGAAAAACUCACUUCUGCAGAAACAUGCACCAUCCCCACUGAAGAGCCUACUAUCCCCACUGAGAAGACCACUAUGCCCACAGAAAACUCUUCUGUCCCCACUAAAAGGCCUACCAUCCCCACAGAAAAACCCACUGUCCCUACUGAAACUACCACCAACCCCACAGAAAAACCUACCAUCCCCACUAAAAAGACCACCAUUCCCACAGAAAAACCCAUUGUCCCCACUGAAAAGACUACCAUCCCCACAGAAAAUCCCACUGUCCCUACAGAAAAGCCCAUUGCCCCCACUAAAAAGACUAUCCCCACUGAAAAGACUACCAUCCCCACAGAAAAACCCACUGUCCCCACUGAAAAGACUACCAUCCCCACAGAAAAACCCACUGUCCCUACAGACAAGCCCACUGCCCCCACUAAAAAGACUAUCCCCACUGAAAAGACUACCAUCCCCACAGAAAAACCCACUGUCCCCACUGAAAAGACUACCAUCCCCACAGAAAAACCCACUGUCCCCACUGAAAAGACUACCAUUCCCACAGAAAAACCCACUGUCCCUACAGAAAAGACUACCAUCCCCACAGAAAAACCCACUGUCCCUACAGAAAAGCCCACUGCCCCCACUAAAAAGACUACUAUCCCCACUGAAAAGACUACCAUCCCCACAGAAAAACCCACCAUCCCCACUGAAAAGACUACCAUCCCCACAGAAAAGCCCACUACCCCCACUAAAAAGACCACAGAAAAACCCACCAUCCCCACUGAAAAGACUACCAUCCUCACAGAAAAACCCACCAUCCCUACAGAAAAGCCCACUGCCUCCACUAAAAAGACCACCAUCCCCACUGAAAAAUCUACUGUCCCCACUAAAAGGCCCACAAUUCCUACGACACCCCAGCCCAGCCCAACAGUUGUACCAAUUAGGCCAACAGUCUUGGUGAUGCCUCCUAUGACUACCCCAAGUACCUCCAUGACCUCGACAACCCCUGGACAUACUCCAGCAAGGUGUCCGCCAAAUGCCCACUACGAGCCCUGCGCCUGCCCAGCAUCCUGCGAGAGACCCAAGCCCAACUGUGGGCCCCUUUGCAAACCCGGCUGUGUCUGCAGUUCUGGCUUCUUGUUUCAUGAGUCCCGCUGCAUCAACGCCUCUUCCUGCAAUUGCUUCUACAACAACAAUUACUAUAAGCCUGGGGCGGAGUGGUUCAGCUCCAACUGCACAGAACGUUGCCGCUGCAGGCCUGGCAAGCGCAUGGAGUGUAACUUCUCCCAGUGCGGCCCGCACACAGUGUGUCAGCUGAAGAAUGGCCAGUACGGAUGCCAACCUUAUGGUACUGCCACCUGCACUGUGUACGGGGACCCUCACCAAAUCACUUUUGACGGGAGACACUUCAGUUUCAUGGGCAAAUGCACCUACAUCUUGGCCCAACCCUGCGGCAACUCGACAGAGCCGUUCUUCAGGGUGGUGGCGAAGAAUGAGGGUCGAGGACAAGAAAGCAUGUCCAUCCUGAGCAAAAUCUACGUGACGCUGCCCAAGGUCACCAUCACGCUGCUUGGGGGCAGGCGCGUGCUGGUUGGGAGUCGGCAAGUCACCCUCCCCGCCAUACCUUCCAAAGGCGUCUUCUUGUCUUUAAGUGGGCGAUUUGUGGAGCUGCAGACGGUGUUUGGUUUGCGGGUGAGAUGGGAUGGUGACCAGCAGCUGUAUUUGAGUGUGCCCAGCACCUACUCGAGGAAACUCUGUGGCUUCUGCGGCAACUACGAUGGGGACAGUAGCAAUGACAACCGGAAGCCAGAUGGCAGCCCGGCUCAGGACAUGGAGGAGCUGGGCAACAGCUGGCAGACAGAGGACAAGGACGAGGAGUGCCAGAAGAACCCGGCAAAUCCUCCGUCUUGCAACCAGCGCUUUCUGAACAGUCUGUCGGCAUUACAGUUCUGUGGACGGCUCAUGGAUGCCCGCGGAACCUUCGAGGCGUGUCUGCCUCACCUCAAGGCCUCUCUGUUCUUCAAGAACUGCGUGUCUGACAUGUGCAAAUUCCAGCAGCUGGAAUCAGGGCUGUGUACCCACAUGGCAGCCUUGACCGAGAUCUGCCAGGAUGCUGGCUAUAUGGUGAAGCCUUGGAGGCGACCCCAGUUCUGCCCUCUGACCUGCCCACCCAACAGCAGGUACCGUCUGUGCGCCCAGCGGUGCCCCGCCACCUGCUUUCCCAGCUUCUUGGGCAUGUCCUGUAAGAACCGCUGCGUGGAGGGCUGCGAGUGCAACCCGGGCUUCGUGCUCAGUGGUCUCCAGUGCAUCCCCCAGUCCCAGUGCGGGUGUCUCGAGCCCACGGUGGGCUACUUCAAGAUAGGGGAGCAGUGGUUCAAGCCCGGCUGCCAGCAGCACUGUGCCUGUGAGAGCAACAAUAGGGUUCGCUGUGCACAGUGGAGGUGCCAGGCCCAAGAGGUCUGUCGUCAGCAGGAUGGCAUCUAUGGCUGUCAUGCCCGCGGGGCCGCCACCUGCAGUGUCUCGGGGGACCCCCACUACCUGACCUUUGACGGAGCCCUGACCCACCUCACGGGCACCUGCACCUAUGUCCUGACCCAACUUUGCCAGUCGAGGUCGCUAGAGAGCCACUUCGUCGUGAGCGCCACCAAUGAGUUUCGCGGUGGGAACCUGGAGGCCUCCUACGUCAGAGCCGUCCACGUGCAGGUGUUCAACCUGAGAAUCUCACUGAUCAAAGGCCACAAGGUCGUGCUGAAUGGUCGCCGGAUGGCCCUACCUCUGUGGCCUGCUCAAGGCCGGGUGAGCAUAAGGCCCAGUGGCUCCUUUAUCCUCCUCUACACGGACUUUGGGCUUCAAGUUCGCUAUGAUGGGAGCCACCUGGUCGAAGUGACAGUGCCGUCCUCCUACUCCGGCCGCCUCUGUGGGUUGUGUGGCAACUACAACAAUAAUAGCCUGGAUGACAGUCUGCUCCCCAACAAAACGCUUGUGGCCAGCUCUGACCAUCUGGGGGUCGCCUGGAAGUUACCAGAGUACUCUGAACCGGGCUGCUUUGUUGAGGGGGCCAAGCCUUCCAGAUGCCUGGGGGACAAAGAAGCAAACAUUUGGAAAAAGAAUUGUGAUAUCUUAACGAACCCUCUGGGACCCUUCUCCCAGUGCCAUGGGGUGGUGCCCCCCCAGUCCAGCUUCGCCAGCUGUGUGUAUGGCCAGUGUGGGACCAAAGGUGACUCCCUGGCCCUGUGCCGGUCCCUGCAGGCCUACGCAUCCCUAUGCUCACAUGCCGGCCAGGCCCUCACCUGGCGAAACAGCACCUUCUGCCCUCUGAAGUGUCCCCCUGGCAGUAGCUACCACCCCUGUGCCAACCCCUGCCCGGCCACCUGUCUCAGCCGGAACACCCCAAGAGACUGCCCCGUGGAACUGCCCUGCACGGAGGGCUGUGAGUGCCAGCAAGGCCACGUCCUGAGCGGAACCUCCUGUGUGCCCUUCAGCCAGUGUGGCUGCGUGCACCAGGACGGUUCCUACCAUCCGGUCGGGGAGAGCUGGUACACAGACAACACAUGUUCCAGGCUCUGCACCUGUUCCACGCACAGCAGCAUCUCCUGCCGCCAGAGCACCUGUAAGCCAGGCCAGCUGUGCCGGCCCCUGGACGGCCUGCUGCGCUGCCGAAGCUCAGGCAUGGGAGUGUGUCGCACCUCGGACCGCUCCCCGUACGUGACGUUCGAUGGCAUUCUCCAUACCAUCCAAAACACCUGCACUUACGUCCUGCUGAAAGUGUGCCACUCCACCGUGGACCUACCUUUCUUCAAGAUCAGCGGCAAGCACGGGAAGCGGAGAGGCCGCUCGGCUGCUUUCUACCUCUACAGGCUCCAUAUUGACAUCUCUGACACCCGGGUCACCUUGGGAGAGGGCCACCGCGUGCUGAUCAACGGUACACAGGCCACCCUUCCCUCAACCCACCAGAUUCGGGGGGUCAGAAUCAAUGCCAGUGGCAUCUACACCAUCCUCAGUGUCAACAUCGGGCUGCAGGUCAAGUUUGAUGGCAAGGGCUUCUUAGAGGUCCAGCUCCCUACAGCCUACUACCAAAAGGUCUGUGGCUUGUGCGGGAACUUCAAUGACGAGGACGAAGAUGAGCUCAUGAUGCCCAGUGAUGAACUAGCCCAGAAUGACACUGAACUGGUGGACAGUUGGCAAGAUAGGGAGUCUGACCCCAAAUGCCAACCAGAUGACCAGACGGUCCAAGCAGAGUUGAAGGAAAAGUCAGAUACAAACUGCAGGAUGGCUGACCUAGUCAGAGCCCAGGAGCAGUGCCAGACGGCCUUGCAGGCUCCAGCCUGGGCGAAGUGUGCCAGCCACGUUGUCCUCAGGCCCUUCCUGCUCAACUGUACCAACAGCCUCUGUCAGGUUGGAAGGCUGAGCCGCGCCCUCUGUGAAUCUUUGGAAACCUUUGGGGCCGCCUGCCGGGCCCAGGGCCUCAACCCCCCGAUCUGGAGAAACAGCAGCUUCUGCCCUCUGGAAUGUCCUGCCCACAGCCGCUACUCCACCUGCCUUCCCUCCUGCUCACCUUCCUGCUUGGACCUGAUGGGCCAGUGCAGUGGCCCCAAAGUCCCCUCCACCUGCAAGGAGGGCUGCCUUUGUCUGCCCGGCUAUGUGCUCAGUGGGCAGCGGUGUGUGACCAGGAGUCAAUGUGGUUGCAUCAACGACUAUGGCAGCUCCUUCCCCGAGGGUAAGACCUGGAUCUCCAUUCGCUGCACCAGGAGCUGUGUCUGCACCUUGGGGACCGUCCACUGCCAGCCCUUCAGUUGCCCCCCUGGCUCCCACUGCGAGCCCAAGGCCAGGGGCACUGGCAGCUGUGAAAUUAACAAGUCGGACCAAUGCUCCAUUUACGGGGACCCCCAUUACCGUACCUUUGAUGGCCUCAGCUACCUCUUCCGCGGCCGCAUGACCUACACGCUGAUAAAGGCCAUCGGCGUGCUCCCUGCUGGGGUGGUGCCUUUGGUCGUGGAAGGGCGCAACAAAGUGUAUUCAUCCUGGAGCCCUAUCUACCUGCAUGAGAUCAUCGUGAUGGUCUACGGCUACACAGUCCAGCUCAAGGCUCAUCUGGAGCUGGUGGUCAACAACCAGAGGACGGCCAUCCCCUACAAGCCCAGCGACCGGCUGCAGGUCGCCCUGCGGGGCCAUCGCCUGUAUCUGAUCACUGACUUUGAGAUGGUUGUCACCUUCGAUGGAGGCAAAAACGCAGUGAUCACGCUGCCCAACAAGUAUAAGGGGCUCGUGCGUGGCCUGUGCGGGAACUUCGACGGGAACAAGAGUAAUGACUUUACGCUGCCCGACGGCACCAUCACCCAGAACCUGGUCACCUUCGGCAACAGCUGGGAGGUACAGAGGAUCACAGGAGUUGACCUCGCCCGUUUCUCAAGGGCCAUACAAGAGGAUGAAGAGGAGGAGAAGAAGGAGUCAGGCUAUCAUGUGUCAGAAUGCGGCCCAGAGCAGCUGGAGCUCAUCAACAGCACCCAGGCGUGCAGGGUGCUGGUGGACCCCCAGGGCCCCUUUGCUGCCUGUCACCAGACUGUGGCCCCCGAGCCCUUCCAGGAGCACUGUGUGUUUGAUCUGUGUGCCGCCCGGAACCCCAGAGAGCAGGAGGAACUGCGAUGCCAGGUCCUCAGCGGGUACGCCAUCAUCUGCCAGGAGGCGGGCGCCGCCCUGGCCAGCUGGCGGGACCACACCCGAUGCGCCUUGGCAUGUCCGGCCAACACCGUCUAUCAGAGCUGUAUGACCCCCUGCCCGGCCUCCUGUGCCCACCUGGCGGCCCCUAAGGACUGCGAGGGCCCUUGCGUGGAGGGCUGUGCCAGCCUCCCGGGCUAUGUCUACAGCGGUGCCCAGAGCCUCCCCCUAGCCCACUGUGGCUGCACCAGCAACGGAGUCUACUACCAGCGGGGUGACAGCUUUGUGACUGAGGAUUGCUCUCAGCGCUGCACCUGUGCCCGCUCUGGGGCGCUGCUGUGUGAGCCCCUCAGCUGCCGUGCUGGGGAGAUCUGCACCCUGGCGAACCUCACUCGUGGCUGCUUCCGAGAAAGCCCGUGUCUGCAGAACCCGUGUCAGAAUGACGGGCGGUGCUGGGAGCAGGGAACCCAUUUCACCUGUGAGUGUGAACUUGGUUAUGGGGGACACCUCUGCACGGAGCCCCGGGAUGGGCCAGCCCCUGGAAAGCCAGGGGCAUCCAACUUUGUGGCUGUCCUGUUGGGGAUGCUUGUGCCUGUGGUGGUCCUGGUGCCCGCAGUGACCAGAGAAUGUCUUUCCAGGAAGGGGAGGAGGAGGAGGGAGAAAAUGCAGAGCCAGAACAGAGACAGGCUGGCAGACGCUGGUGAGAACCAUUCCUGCCCCAGCACCCUGGCGACCGGGAGCCGAGUCUGCCUCUGA